AUGGACGACAAACAAUAUCCUCUUAGUGUCCUCAGCGUCGUGUCGUCCACCGACACUCUCCUCGGUCGCCCUGAAUGUAAAAGGCUGCACAUCCACUCGAAAGGGAUCGGUCUAAUCCGAUUCCCGAUGCCCAUGUCCCAGAAUGAGAUCCCUAUCUACGACGCAGAGGGAUCUCUUGCGUACGUUGCCACCAAAAACAAGUCCUGGUCGAGUCACUCGGUGCUCUCCUCGUCCCAGCGAGAGCCUCUAGUGGCCAUUGACUAUAAACUGGGCGGUCGUCCACAGCUGCGCCCUUUGACGGUCGCCUCAAGGCCCGAGAUGGCUUCCAUUAUGCUGCAGACCAAAUGCACCUCGCGGGCCAUGACGUUUAGGCCCCAAGAGGGAGGAUGCACCUUGGAAUGGAAAUAUACCAGGAUCCCGGGACCAGAUGGGAAAGCUCACAUGAAUCUGUGCUUAGAGAAGAAGGAAGAAAAGGAGGGAUUACUGUACAAUCGACAAGUCGCCCAUCUUAUUCGCAGCCGGGAGACUCGAUCGCCGGGUAGUACUCGUUGGGCAACGGGCCAAGGAGGCGAAUUGAUUCUCUUCCCCGAGGAAAUGACCGGAGUAGUGGAUGAGGCACUCGUGGUGGCCACAUGCCUGGUCAUGCUGCGGGCAGAACGCGACCAACGCCGACUCAUUCAGGCCAUGGUGAUUGCGGGGGCAGGCAGCUGA